GCAGUCGCACGCUCACUCUGCUCAUUUCGAACGUCCAAGAAACUGAAAAGGGAAAAUAAAAAACCCUAAAAUCACAGUAAAAACAAAGACAAACAAGCAAUAUUUGUAAGACAGAGACCAGGAAUUGUCUGGUUCCGUGGUCGUGACGGAUUCGGUGAACAGGUGGAGGAGAAGCCGAUGGACAAUCGGUCCUCACUGACCUCCAAGUCCAGUUGAGAUGGAGUUCUUGGUUCUGUAACGAAUCUGUGUAGCUUGUUGUCCUGAUGCACUGCAUGCUCUUUCAUUUUCCCUGUUUGCUUUUCAAAUCCUCCUUGGCGAGUGUUGGAACUGGCAAGGGAAUGGCUGUUUACAAAAUGAAUCUAAUAUCGGUAGUGACGCUGAAUGAGGAAGACGUAUCCUACAUGUACGAUGAGGAAACAACCCCAAUUAAGGAUUGCGGAGAUUUGGCAUACAAUAUGACUCACAGUGGCAAUAUGAACAAGGAACCAGAAGGAUGCAAGGAGAAUUCUUUACAAGUAAAGAGGCGUAGGAUGCUACAGUUUGAUACUCCAGUAGUAGAUCCUGCCUUCCAGUAUGGAGAACUCUCAUCCACCUUUAUAAAAUCAAAUGAGAGGGAGAACUUGGUUGAAGAUGUUUCUAAUGACAUGUCAGAGUGGGUUUCUACCUUUUCAGGAAAUGCAACUGCUUCCAGUGUUGAGGGCCUGGAUCUUUUGACCGAGGGGUGGAUUGCUGAAUGCUUUAAUGAUAAUGAGAUGCAUUUUGAUCCUACUGAAAUGAAUUAUGCAGGAGCAGAUGAUGUUGAAAUUGACAUAUCAGAGUUAUGCAAUUUUUCUCCAGAGACUGAAGUUAAUGUGGAUCAACAUCAUAUUAAGCGGACUCCUUCAAAUAUUAUAUUCAAAGGUAAGAAAUCUGUGAUACACACCCCUACUAAGUUAGCUGCUUCCGUUGCCUAUCCAUUUGCUUUCAUCAAACCCUGUGAGUUCCAAGGAGACACGACUCUGAAGGACAUAAACCAGCGGAUCCUCACUCCACCAUCAAAAUCAAAGCAAAAGAAUGAAGAUCCUCUUGAUUACCCCACAUCAGCAUUUUCUGGGAAGCCUGUUGUUGGAAAGACUAAAAUUCACACCGAUGGAGGAAGAGGUAGCAUCACAAUCAUGAGAACCAAAGGCUGACUAGAUGAGCGUUCUUCCUGUUUUGCAGCCCUUUCAUCGCACCGUGUUGUUCGGUUAGUCUCUUUUGCAGUAGUUUACGGCUAUCUAAGGGAGAAGUUGAUCCUUCAAUUUUUGUGGUGGUUUUCAAAACUUAUUGAUCACAUGACAGUGCUAAUCUAUCCAAGCGGUAUCUAAAUGUGAUGAAGCGUUUUGUUCAUACUUCAUACAUGGUGGCUCAAUUGAAAAUCUUGCAGUUUAUUACCAGCCUAUUUUCUUUUGGUACCUUUGAGUACUUUCAUUUGAGUCUAUGGGAAUAUCCAUAACUUUUGUGAUGGAACCAUGUAUCUAGAAGUUGUAUUUAUUUCAGUAGUUUAUAAGUUGCUUUUACU